GAGUCCGAGCCGAGGUGGGUGAGAGAAAGAGAGAACGAGAGCGAAAAAAAAAAAAAAAAAAGGCUGAAUAAGUAAAGGGAAAAACACGGAAAAGAGGACACUUGUCACGCCUGUGCAUGUGCUGUCAGCCCGGAAACUCACACGUGGGAAACAUUUGUGCUCAACUCUUGGAGGGAGUUGUGUUCACCCCCCGCGCCGAGGUGGGAAGAAGCGAGGGAGAGGGAGAGAGUCUCCGGACCGGGAUGGGGCUGGACUCCCGCUUCGGGUCGGGAAUCCCGCGCCAUUAAAUUGAGGUGUGUGUGGGGGGUGAUACCGCCUCUGCCUCGUGUAUCACACUCUCUCACUCACUCAGGUCGGCCGGUGUGAGCAGGAACGGCGUGGCUCUCUCUCUCUCGGCCUCCAUUUGCCCGCCGUGUUUCUGCUCGAGGAUCAUCCCGCCGAGGGGGCUUCGCUUCGGCCGCGGUUGCGCAACAGUUCACCGUCGCCACGGUAACCGGACGUUUUAACGGCCGUUCCGCCGCGGCGCGGGAGAAGGAAGCGUGCAACUUUUCCAACUUGGGGCCAAAUGCAGUGUGAUGAUCAGAGAUGUCAGUGACGCCAGCAACCGACUCUGAACUUGCAUCCAUGGAGGACAACCAUGCAGUGGAGGAAAAAAGGGGGGGUUUGCCUGACGUGCCCGUCUCACCUCCCCCUUCUUCAGCGCCUCCUUGUCCAACCGAUACAGGACUUACUUCCACCGACGAACCUGUACUUGAGAGUGCAGCCGUGUCCAUGGCAAGUGAUGAUUGCAGCUCCGCUCUCUCUUCUCUGCUCUGCCUGGCUGAAGCAAGCCCAGCCAAGCCUGCGGGAACAUCUACUUCUUCCUUGGAAGAUUCGUUCGAAAGAAGUCCUGCUACCUCACGUACAUCGCCCGAGAAAACAGGGAGUGGUCUUGUUGAUUUAUCCGAAUCAACGCCGUGGACAUAUAUUUCUCAGUCUGCCACAUUUGGAAGUAUGGAUAUGGUAGAAAGCAUUCCUUCGGUGUUGGCCUUCAAAGGUGUCAGUGUCACUUUGGAGAACAACAGUGUGUGGAAGAAGUUCUGUCACUGUGGAACUGAGAUGAUUCUCACCAAACAGGGCCGUCGCAUGUUCCCCUACUGUAGAUAUCGCUUGUCUGGCCUCGACCCUGAGCGGAUGUACAGUCUUGUCUUGUCCAUAGCUCCGUUGGGCCAGUACAGGUACCGCUGGAGCACUUUCAAAUGGGAGGUCCACGGGCCAGCGGAGCAUCAGACCCAGGGUCUGAUCCGAGCCUUUCCCCACCAUUACUCCCCAUGCAAGGGCUCAGAGUGGAUGAGUAGUUUUGUGUCUUUCUAUAAACUCAAACUGACCAAUAACCCCCAGGACCAGGAUGGUCACGUGAUCCUACACUCCAUGCAUCGCUACAUUCCUAGGCUCCACAUUAUUCCCGUUCCAGAUAAAGGUGCAGCCACGCCUGCCCAGGCCUGGGUUAUGGGACCUGAAAGCAUGACCUUUACGUUCCCACAAACGGAAUUUAUGGCUGUGACGACUUAUCAGAACUUUCACAUCACUCAGCUGAAAAUUAACCAUAACCCAUUUGCAAAGGGCUUUAGGGAGGAUGGGCACAACCCCCGCCUGAACAGAAUCCAUACAGAAGCUCAACCUGUGGCGAACACGGACGCAGAGCCUGCAGCUUUAACACCUGCUGAAUCCAGUGAACACAAGGAGGAGGCGGUGGAUUUCAGCACGAAGAAAAACAGUGGCUCUGCUUCCUUGUCAAGUAAUCAAAUGACCGGACUGGUGCUGAAACCCAUAAUGUCCAACCCUGCCAGUACCGGCGCCCCAUAUGUUCCCUGUAUAAGGGGCAAACAUGCCCUGGGGGAGCUUGUGCUGGUCCAAAAACCUGCUGAACCCCAAGAAGAAAACGCCACUUGUGCAACCCCUGAAAUGCAGCAAGGCUUGAAAGGGUCAAUGUUGGCUAAAGCGAGGUCCAUGACCCCCUCUUCCUCAACAUCCACCCCCGGAUCAUCACCCCGGUGUCGCAAGAAGAAGAGGAGGAUGAAGAAAAGGUAUUGGGCUAACUACAGAAGAGUUUGGAAGACUGCAGCCGCUUCCCGCCCUGUAGUCCACAGCCCAUCGUUGACUGUCGCUAUGCAACCGGAGCUGGAUGAAGUGGAAGGCCUGCUGUUUGUGUCAUUCACCUCAAAGGAAGCUCUUGACGCUCAUAUCAAUGACAAGACAGCCUGCACCGCUUCAUCAGAGUCUCCAGUUUCCUUAACAACGCCGAUCCAGUCAGAACAAUCAAUGGAGGUGAAUCCCGAGACGGAGGAGGAGAAGGUAGCUCGCCUGGAGUCUGUCCUGCUGACUGACCUCCAGGUUCUCAAACACAAGCAGAUCACCCAUCCUGUGCUGGAGAAGGUGGGCCUAAAGUUGAGCUCCUUAGUCCCCGCUUUGUCCGUUGACCUGCAGUAUCUCGGUGUUUGUCUGCCACUACCUCCUCCAGAACAAAGCAGCACAGCAGCUCUGUCUCCUGCUGAUGAGGGACUGCCAUUUGUCUCACGAACAGGCAAGACAAGUGACAUGACAAAAAUUAAGGGAUGGAGAAAUAAGUUUGUCAAAAGCAAAGAUACCGCCACUUCCAACUGUGAAGAUGGAUUACCAAAGAACCUCUCGGCGUUCUGCAGCAACAUGUUGGAUGAGUACUUAGAAAAUGAGGCUCAGCAAAUUAGCGAGCGUGCUGCUGCCUUCUCCACCAACCCCGAGGGCUCGGUGGCCUACCAGCUGCCCGCUAAGAGCUCCAGCUACGUGAAGACCCUGGACAGUGCGCUCCGACAUCGCAACGCUGCUUCAAAGAUCACAGUAGGGGACAAACCAUGUCCCCUUUCCUAUAAACCCCCCGUUAGCUCUGCUCCAGCAGUGUCUGCUCCCCCACUAGCCAGUCCCUCCACCCCCAGUCCAGCAGAGGCUCAGUCCACGUACCAGUCCUCACCCGCACAUAGCCAUCCAGGAGCUGCUGCUUUUCCUAGUGAUGCUUCACAAAGAUCGUCAACAUGGCAACCCGCUGUCAGUCCUAGAGCAGCGGUGAACCAUGGUCUGAUCCAAGGGAUGGCACACAAACAUGCAAGCCUCCCCAAGGUCCAGGCCAAGCUGAGGGAGAUGGAGGUCCGAGCUGCAAACCAGGGCCUUAGCAGGACCCAACUGACCCCAGAGAGGCUGAACAUGGCUCUGUCUGUGCUACUGACUAAACAGAUGCAGCCCGGCGUUAUCAAAGUCGCCCCCUUUCCCAGGAGUGAUGCCGCGGCACCUGAAUGUGGUCAAGAUUUCUGCAGGCUGGGAUGUUUGUGUUCCAGUCUGGAGACGGUGAACAGACGCUCCGUCCACUGCAGACGGCCCGAGUGCCUGCUCAGCUGCACCUGCCAGAUCUCUGAGCAGGACAACGCAGGAGAAAGUGACCAACAAAGCCCUCCCGUUAACUCUCAGACCAGUCAUCGUCAGCUGGAUUCCCACAGUCUGAAACUGUGGAACAGAGCCGGUCUGUGUGGAGACCCAGAACCACUUUUUACUCCCAAAAGUGCUCCUCUUCCUCCUCUGUUCAGAGCAAAACCAAAACGCCUCCUACCUCAUCCAACACAGCAGAUCCCAGAAGAGGAAAAGGAUCCAGUUUAUAAAUAUCUGGAGAGCUUUAUGACUUGUGCACGUGUGAGAGAGUUCAACAGCAAGCUGCCACCUCCAAGGACUUUAAAUAGCAAGAAUCCUGAUUUCCUUUCUGCACUGACCGACACAGCAAAUGCACAGGAACGCCCGAGUUUGCCCGAAAAGCCCGAAAAGCCCCCCAACACUGUAUCGCAUGGCGAAAAAGCAGUGGAAAAGCAGCCACAAAAGACUGUACACAGCGAAACGGGAGCAAAGAUGCAAAUACAGAUCCAGUCAGUGUGUCAGUGGAAGAACGACCGCAAAAUGGUCCUGGAGGGUUUAUGCGAACGCAUGAAGCAGAAUCGGCUUAAUCAGCGUUUCUACAUCGGCCCUUACUGCGUAAGCCCGGUCUCCAAGAUCUUCAUGCGGAAACCCAGCGGCUCCCACAUCACCUACAGGGUACAAAUCGCUAAGCCAUCAAAAGCCAGCGACUACGAGGAGGAUGAAUCUGAGAAGUACUCGGAUGAAAGUGUUGACGAUCCUGAGGAGGAGGACGAUGAACCUAUUCACGAGCCAGAGAAACGGUUUGGGCUCACACCUUUCCUGGGGGGAGUGAUUCCCGCAGGCAGCCUGACAGCCAAGAAGAAACAACCUAGCUACCAAGGAUCUGGGCUCAUAAAGGUUAAUGGCAAAUACUACAAUCAGGCCAGACUGUUGCUGGGAAACAUGGGAUCCCUGCACCCAGCCAACCGCUUUGCAGCCUACAUCACCGGCCGACUAAAACCUCCUCAUCCGAUUAUUCCUAAAACCUUUCAGACACCAGAAUCCGCACACAGAACCAGUCUUUCCGGAUCUCUUCACAUUAAAGCACCCGUCCCUCCGGUUACCGCCACAAGUAAAGCUGCACAUCCGAAGAAACUUUGUAAGAUAGCCAUGAAGCCCAAAACCCCUGAAAAACCACCUUCCCCGAUUAAUCGCACCUCAGCCCCCAAGAAGAGCUCAACGCCGUCAGCCGUCUCCCUCACCGUCUCCCCGGCACUGAAGAGCCCCAGCUUCCUCGGAGACAGUGGAACGUGUUCAUUCAGAAUCUGUCCUCCAUCGUGCCAGACCAGCGAGGACCAGAAGUUCCCUAGUGUCGCCCUGCCUGGCGGCUUCACCCUCAUUCAACUCCCACAACAUGGGGCUGUUGGGACCGCACAACAAUCAACACCUGAAAACACUCCAAACACGCUGAGCGCAGCUGACGCCCCGGCUCCAAAAAAUGGCAUUUCUAAUCUUCACCAACUGGCCAAACAUUGGCUUGAAUCUAAUGCCCUAAAUAAAGUUAAAAGCUUAUUACGCGGCAAAUUAGCUGAGCCUGGCUCCUCCCUGGGAGCGCUGUGUGAGGAGAUGCAGCCCGAUGAGAAUGAGGUCGACUGCAAGCACACAGUGAAACAGGAGGAUUGCAACUUGGAUGCUGCCUCGGAAGAUUUAAGCUCAGAAUACUCGGACUAUGACGAAGAUGACGAGAUUAUAGACAUCGAGACUGUAGAAGAAGAGGACAUCAUUAAAAUAAACCACGGUGAUGGCUGUGGUUCAUUGAAGGAGGAGGAGGAGGAGGAAGAGGAGGAGGACAAUUGGAUGAGCAAAGGUAUUUCCAACAGCCACACUGAUGUGGAAAGACGGAGACGCUCGGAGCAGCGAGUCCUUUACACCAGACUCCAGGUGGUUCUGAACAGUCCUCACAGAACGUCCAGGCUCCACCUCCUCUCGCUGGCUGAAAAAGAAAUCCAGAAUCAGACGAAAACCUCCCGAUAUCUGGAAGAGCAGAAGAGGAGGCUAAUGAACAUCCAGGCCGUCUAUGUGAAGACGCUGUCCCGUUUGGCCGGGAAACCAGAGGUCGUGAUUCAAAACAAGCUGAAGGAGAUCUGUGAACGACAGAAACAACGGGAGCAGGCGAUGAAUUGGAAGCCCAUCUUUUCCCAAAUGUUGGAGACUAAAGCAGCUCUUGUGCAGGCCACGGCUCCCCCCUCGGAUCUCCAGCCGCGACCCGCACCACUGCUACCACUCAACCCCGGGCCUCCACCUCAAGACGGCCCGCCGGCAGCGGCCCCAAAUAUGUUGGGGAAGCUACUAGCCUUCCUUCACGACAAAGGCCAAGAUAAAGGUCAGGCCCAGCAUUACCUCAUGCACAAGCCUCAGGAAGGCUCCUCCCCCAUCACUACACGACCAACACAACUGGCCGUCGACCAAGGGGAAUCUGCCGCCAUUCAGCCUCCUUCCACACCCAACGGCGAGGCUCAAGCCCCGUCGGACGGAGCUGCACUCCAGCACACGUCAGCACCAGAGCAAGCUUCACCCGGAGAGCCCAAAGUUCAGUCUGUAGUACCCUUCACUCCUCUUCCGCUGAUUCGCUCCAAAACUGGUAGAAUCAUACUCCCCGCAUCUCUGAAACCACUUGGUCACGGCUACUACACGCUCAUGGUGAUGAAACCCAAGCAGGAUGGAGAGGGGAAGGAAAUUGGUUCUUAUGGUUUGAUGCAGCUUGCUAAAAUAGACCCGUCGGCACCUCAAUCAGACGCAGACCCCGGACUCGUUUCAGAGGACAAAACCGCGUCACCAAAUUCUGAUCCGAGGCAUUCGGGCGGGUUGAUCCCCCUCGCUCAGUUUUUACGGCAGAACAAUUUGACCACGAGGCAUUCUGACGGCGGUCAAGAGGGAGGUAGCGGCACGAGCGCAGACACAUCUGGUCUUCUACCAGACCUCAGUCCAAACCCCGGCACCUCUGGUGGUCACCGUUCCGUGGGGAGGCCCCGGAAGAACUUCUCUACCGAGCCCAGGGUGAGGGUCCCCAAGGCUCGAGGGCUUCUAACGGUGAGAAAGAUGCACAUUAAAGCGAUUCCUAGCGAACUGGCAGGGCGGAAGAGGGAGGGGGAUGGUGGAGCAGUCGAUAGUCCUGCUCCCAUCAAAAAACGCAGAGGAAGACCUCCAAAGAUGAAGAUGGGGCAAAUGACGGCGGCCACGCGGACCGACGCCGACUCCGUGGACGACCGUCCUGUCACGUUUUCAGUCAACAGUUUUAAAAACGGCGACCUGGUGCGGCCGUUAACCCGCGGCUCUCUGGGAAAAGACUUCCCCAGUGAAAAGAGGCGGUCCUGGAUAGACAUAGAGAGGGAACUGGACCCCGAGUUGGAAUUUUAAUCGUUCCUCCGAAAGAAAAAAAUGCACAUUUGAGUCAUUUGAGCUCAGUUAAGUCUCACACUGACGGCUCUCUGAGGCAGCAGCGUGUUCUGUCAUCAUUCUCAGGAGAUUCUGCACUGUUUGUCGGUGUCGAGUAUCAGAAGUAAUUAAAAGCUUCACCCGAUGUGCCUGUCCAAGAAGCCGAAUGAUCAGGGGCACAGUUAAGAACUUAAUGCUGCUCUUAAUGGCUUACUGGACUCUCAUAAUAUCGAGAGAGACACGAAUAGCAUUAAGUGACCUGCUGAAUGUACGAGUUGCGUCUCUUGUUACUGCCACCAUCAGUUUUUUUGAUGUGGAUGAUUUCUAAAAUGAUAUUGUCUAUAUAUGUCACAGGUAUAUUUUCAUUUUUUUAACCACGGAUUACUCAUGCUCCAAUUAUGUUGUACUUGAAGUCAUCUGUUAGAGAUCUGUGUCCAGAAGAGAAUCAGAAGGUACAGAUCCUAUGCAUUAUUUAGCCUUGCAGUGUAUGUUAAAUGUAUUUUGACUAGAGCUAGAUGGUAACAUCCUUUCGUUCUUUAAAAUAUGUCAGUAUAGACUUUUUUUCUUGAACGACAUGCAUUAAUUCUUGCUUUUUGACUAAAAACCCUGAAAUCAUCUGUAGUUGCACUUUAAAUUCCCGGUAGAAAACCACCCGUGAUGAGUUUUUUUUUUGUUUUUCUUCCUGUGAGUACAGUUAUUGAUCUGCAAUUUGAAAUGGCGGCUGCGUAAACGGCAUUAUUAUAACUGGAUAUGCUGUAGACACUUCACGUAAACUAGCCGUGUGUUUUAUCCGACAGAAGCCUGUGGGAAAUUCAUGGUUUAUUUUUAAGAACUUUGUUAGUUUGGGUUAGAAAGUCCUGAAAAACAAACAGGGUGCUUCUACAAGGCACCGAUCAGUUGCUCAUUAAUAAAGAUAUUCUGUUUUUUUUGUUCCAUUUUCUGUAAAAAAAUGUAUCUUUUGGGAUGAAUUUGUGAUUUCAAA